AUAUCAACACGAGGACUGUUUCGUGCAUAUAUAUGCGUAUGUGACAGGCAGACGGACUUGGACAGUUGUGUGUACACAAGCUAACUCGGCAAAAGAUAUGGUUAGCUUCGAUCGGAUACCCGACCUGGUGGGCCACCUCGUGCUCAACGAGCACGGCGGAGUUCUCGAGUCCGGUGGCGAUCUGGAGAACGACGAGAGACUGGCCGAGGUGGUGAGGUCGAUCGCCCGACUGACCGACCGCAUCGAGUCGCAGGACGAUCAGCAGCCGCUCGGCGACUUCAGCAAGAUCGAGUUCUCGUUCGAGCACCACGCCUAUCUCGUCUGCAUGCACAACAGAAAGCUGUACGUGACCAAGAGGAGGCUGCAGCAGCAGCAGCAACAACAGCAGCAACAGCAACAACAACAGAUGCAGAUGCAGAUGCAGCAUCAGCAGCAAUUGCAGCAGCAGCAGCAGACAGCUGCACCAAUCGAGGAGGAGGUUUUGGUGGAUUUCAUGUCCAAUGCGGGCUAAAAGUUUGAGAGGAACUUCCAAGUGUAAAUAGAUUAUAUGAUUCAUAUGUGUUUUAUUCAACAGAUUUUCUUAUCAAACUAUAUGUGAUAAUGCAGAUUUUAUAUGUAUAAAAUGAAAAAAUUGGAGCUUUAUGAGA